UCAGAGCUGUUAUCUUUCAAAGGGAGGUAGCACAAAGUAUUGACUAAAAGGGUGGAAAUAAUUGUGGCAGACAUAUAUUUAACAAAGUUUUUUUUGUUGUUUUUUUGGCUAAACUUGUGACGUGUUUGCAAUCAUGGAUAUGUGUUUGAUAUCCAUGAGAGCAGAGUAUUUUUGUGAUUUUCUUUUAAACAAAAGAUAAAAAAUUUAAACAAUAAAGACAAUUUUUCACAGCCUUCUUUGCUUUACCAAGGGUGCCAAUAUUAGUGGAGGGCAAUGUAUAUGCUUUUCAUUGUUAUUUAACAACACAUUUAAUCUGCGUAUUAAUAGGCUUAGAUUAUGCAGAGCUUUAACCAUACGUCACUGUAUAUGAGACUAUAGGACUGACAUGGGUUAGAAUGAGCAUAUUAAUAUAAUAUUAUUUGUUGCAGUUGUAAAGAAAAUUAAUCAGAAGCUUCUGAUCUGAGAAUUCAACUGUCCUAAGGUAUAAUUAUUGUACCCAACAUGCAAUCUUGUUAAAAGAAAAAUUAAUUGACUUUAUUUCUAUGGUGAUGUGCUCAUGCCACUUGUAUGAGUAGCAAAAUUCCAGCUCCCAAAUGUAAAAUGCCUUCCUGCAUUCCUGCCCCAUAUUCGUAGUCUUCCACCGAGCACUUUCAUUUUCUUCUACCACAUGUAAAUAAUUCUGAUUUGCUAGUCAGUGUGAGUGAACGUGUAUGUAUAUGUGAUACCCUGAUCGGAACUGGUAUCAUAUUCUGGAUGGACCUCUGCCUACUGCUUCCAUGAUCAUGACUCUGAAUUGAAUGUUUCUUUUUUGGGGGUUUUUUGUUUGUUUUUCCUAAACUUUCCUGUAACUUCCUUAAGUUACUUUCCCAGUAGCUAAGUAUUAGACUCACUGAUUGGGAAAUGAAGUAAAUAAGUGCAUCCCCAUUUGGUUGUGGUUUUAACAGAAGCAAAAGCCACAUGGUUACAGAAGGCCCUUCCAGUCAUGCCAGAUCUAUGGUCACUUCCCAUAAACAUUGGUCUGAAGUGGGUGGGGUGAUAAUGUCGGCGUCUGCCAUAUUGAACUUGUGAUUACUGUCAAAAUUGAGUUGUAGUUUCUUGUUGUCAACUGAUAUUGACAUAUCUUGAUAUUUGGAAAGUACUGGGUAUAUAUGGCACUACACAACCCUGAAUAAACUUCCAUGUAAAAUCCCCUGAUCAUAGCAAACAUUGCUGCUUCUGAUGCGAACAAUGGGGAAUACCACAGAGUCAGUUUUAGUUUCAGUUCUUCUCUCUCUCUCUCUCUCUGUCAGGAUAGUAUGAUUCAGUUCUAAGAUUUACCCUCAUUAAUCACUGAGCUGUAAAUCUUAUGACCUCGUUAAUGCUAAUGAAUUUGUCCUUGCUUUUCAUUGUUACUGCAUUGUUAUAAGAUUACAAUGAAUUAACAUAUGCAUUACCUGUCUGGUUAUGAAACCCACUGGCAGUAGCACUGAGUGCCAGUUAGUAAGACUUCAAAGAGCUUUUUUUUAGAAAAGCAAAUUUAACAAAUUCAAAUCUUUUUAGUUUUGAAAUUAGUUCACAAUUAUUUUUCACAAUUUAGCUCAAUUAAAGUGACAAAUUUUUCUCACAAUUGUCUUUUCUAUUACUGUUUACCAUGGAACACUGGGUAGAAUUGUGACCUAACAGCUCCAGGGUCCCUGAUUCCGUGAGCUUUGUUUACUGUGUGGAGAUGUGCAUGUUGUCCAUAUGGGUUUCCCAGAUUCCCCAGUUUCCUCUCAAAACAUUCAGGUAGGAGGACUGGCUAAGCUAAAUUGCCCAUAGAUGGCAAGCUGCAUGUUAACUGCCCUUGUGUUUUAUGGUAAUCUGUUGUUAGCUACACUAUAAAAAAUUAUCCUGUAAACUUACAGUUGCUAUCUUACUGAUAGUUUGCUAGUAUGGUACUGUAAUCAAUAUUUAUGGAAUUCAUGCUGCAGUGUUUUUGUUUUCUGUAAUGGCACACUGUACAGUAUUUUAAAAGUGCACAACUUGUGUAAGAAUAAUAUGUAAUACACAUAUUAAACAUGUUCAAUGCAUCAUGCUCAAGAUGCACAUAUGGAUCAAUAAGAGACAGCAUUGGCUGUGCCAGGAAGAUGACAAUAGCGACAUCACAGGGUCAUGUGUAACCAGUGGGAUUUUCCUUAUUAAUAGCUGGGAAACUGUAAUCAUGAGUCAUUGGUUUCAGUUUGGGUGGUUCUUAAAUAGUCUACAGGGCAUCCGUUUGCUUUUAGUUUAAUGUUUAGAGUUAUUGUGCUCGACAGAAGAAACACGAUGCUGGAUUAUUCAGUUUUCUUAAGCCUGUUUACACUGGCUUGCUCAGCGGGGAUACUCAAGAGAGAGGACUUAAACGUGUCACUCGGGCAGGACGCGACGUUUUCGUGCGAGCUUCCGGGCGCUGUUGGAGUGAAGCAGGUCAUAUGGCAGCAACACAGAGAUGAUGGCACCCUGCGCAAUAUGGUCACGUUCACUGAGCGCUCUAAACCCCAAGUGGACGAUGCGUUCCUGGGCAAAGUGACUGUCACCGUGGCGUCAGUCCACACAACAACUAUCGUGAUAAAGAAUGUGACCUUCUCGGACGAAGCCUGCUAUGUCUGCACCUUCAGUGUGUAUCCGUCCGGAACCGAGAGGGAGACAGCAUGCCUCACUGUGCAAGGUUUAUCAGAAAUAACAACACAGCUUCCAGUUAAACUUAAGGAGAAGGACACAGUUGUCGCUUGCUCAGCCACUGGUAAACCUACACCGGUGUUCAGUUGGUGGUCUGGAGAAAAAGAACUGAGCAAUUACUUAUCAGAGACUUUCACAGUACUGAAUGGUGACAGUACAGUCACAACUACAAGUAACCUCACAAUUCCACAGUCACAAUUCAGUGGAAAAUAUGUGACAUGUGUGGCUAAUAGUGGCAAUAUAGAGAAGAGUGAAAACAUCACUGUGGAGAAACAGAUUGAUAAAGGGACUCCAGUGACAUCCAGAUCUUAUGUAUUUUCUGCUGUCGUCAUGAUCAGCUGUGUUGUUUCUGCCAGUUGUGUUAUUAUUCUGUUUCACCAGAAGAGGAAAAGUAGAACAUCAAAAACACCUUAUUGAGGUUGCCUGAUAUACCUGGACAGUUAAACGUUUUCUUCUCAGCACUUUUCUGAACAUUAUGCUGUAUGAUACAUUGGAAAAAAUGACAUUUCGUAUUGCACUCUUCACAUAACUUUGGACUUGAAAGCACUUUAUACACAGAAAAUGCUCAUUGCCUGUUUACAACAGUUUUUUUUGUUAAAUUAUUGUGUAAAUGUAUUUAAAUAAAUAUUUAUUUAAUCUAAAUAAAUUUUACAUAAAUAACUAAA